AUGCGAUUCGAUGAUGAAUACAAACGCGUGGUUAUCGAACCCGUAGAGUUAAGCCAAGAAUUUCGCUACUUUGAAUUCGACAACUCGUGGGAAACGUUUCCCGCGUUUCGUGAUCCAAAAGCCGGAGAAGAGUCACGCAAAGCCUUGGAGAACAAGUGGGCCUCCGAGGCGGCUAAAACGCAACCAAAGUUGGAGGAUAAAUAA